AUCUUGAGUUGUGAAACAUAGAUGUUGUUUUAGGUACAUAAUUAUGAGCUAAAUGCACAAAGAAAAUGAAAAGACGAACUGAAGACCCCGGAGAAUCUGAAAGUAAAGUACCAAGAACCGAAGAGCGUCCCCAUAGUGUAUUUCACGUUACCCCAAUCGAGUCACUACAUUCAGAAGUGUUACCUUCGUUUCGUAAACCAGUUGAAGUUGGAUGCUUUUCGUUGGAUGUCGACCGUAAGUUUCACGACGACAAUCACCAAUUGAAGUAUUUCCACCCUCCUCGCACUAUAGAUUUUGACUUAAGAGCUGGUUAUAAGGACUAUGUUGAAAGGGAUGACGAUGUGAAAGAACACCUUGACCACUUGUUGAUGUGGAUUAACAAACACAGGGAAAGGUUUGAACUUCCGAAGAAAGAUUCUGUUGAAAAUGGCCAGGCAGCGUCAUCUCAAGCCUUUACCAAUCUUCAUACAGACUUCAUAACUUGGAGAGGUCAUGUGACAAAGCUUCUUGUAACACCAUAUGAGAUCCGUGAACCAUGGAAAUUUGCUGCAACAUUGCACAAGGGAACAAUAUACAUCAGCGAAAUUGAAACACAGGAAGCUUAUGACAAACGGAAAAACAUGGAAGAGAAACACAAAGAGAUGUGCUACUGGGGCCACAAGUUUGAGACCUAUGUUUGCCGCUUAGUUUCAGAAAAGCUAAAGAAGAAGUCAGGAGAGAUGCCAAGCACCUCUACAGAUGCUGCAGCUUCCAGUGCUGAUGCCCCAAAGAAGCAAAGUCCAGUCAACAACAGCGAGGGAUUUGUAUCUGUCGUAAGGACAAGACUCGAAAGGCAUUCAAUGGUGUUUGGAGCUGAAGUAGAUUGUUGCACAAGAGAAACUGAAGAAUCUCCUGGGAACUACAUUGAGCUAAAAACAUCCAACCACCCUCACAGCCAUCACCAACACUGGUCAUUCAAAAGGUAUAAACUUCUAAAGUGGUGGGCUCAGUCAUUCUUAGCCGGUAUUCCCAAAAUCAUUUGCGGCUUUCGUCAUCACCAUGGCAAAGUCAACGAGUUACAAACUUACAACACUCUAGAAAUCCCAAGGAUGGUCAGGAAUGAGGACAACAUGUGGGACAUGAACAUUUGCUUGAACUUUUUGAAUAAGUUUCUUGACUGGGUUAAGAUGGUCGUCACAGAAGAUGACCCAAAGAAAGUGUAUAUUUUUUCGUUUAAAUCACCGUUUGAAAAUAUUAUAAUGGAGGAUUGUAAAAAUGGUGAAAAUAGUUUUCUUCCAGAAUGGUUUACAAAAGAAACCUAACUGUAUAAUAACUGUUAAAAUUAAUAUUUUAUGUCUUUUUUAUGA